CCCGAAUGGUUCAUUCCUUGGUACGAGUUGAUUAUUGACAAGUGGAGUAAACUGGGUAGCGGCGGAUUUGGAAGUGUGUACCAAGGUACAUGGCUGGAUUCAGAUGUUGUUGUAAAACUGGUUGGUGUUAAAACACAGAUCACCCCAGAGCAGCGAGCAAAAGCAACGACGACAUUCCGCCGCGAAGCUGACAUUUGGUUUGGACUUAAUCACCCUCAUGUUAUUCGACUGUUCGGCGCCUGCCACGUUGGAAGACCCUUCUUCGUGUGUGAGUACGCCACCAACGGAACGCUAGUCAGUUAUCUACAAAAACAUCCCGACCAACUCUGGACGAAGCUUCAUGAAGCUGCGCUGGGGGUGCAGUAUCUCCACGCGCGCAAUGUCGUUCAUGGCGAUCUGAAAGGGAACAACAUCGUCGUUGGGAGCGAUUUCAAGGCGAAGGUGACGGACUUCGGCUUGAGCUCGAUCACGGAUAGUGAGGCAAAGCCAGAGGUGUCAGCAGCGGUGCAUUGGGUCGCACCCGAGUGCUUGCCUCAGACCAAGUCAAAGCUGCAGACGCUUGAAACUGAAAGACCAACGUUUGCGUCCGAUAUCUACUCUUUGGGUAUGUGCAUUGUGGAAGCGCUACGAGUUGUGGAGGCAGUGACACUUCACAAGGAUGCAAGUCGGUGUCUGCCGUGGGGCCUUGCUGACCAAAUGGCAGUGAAAUAUCAUGUCCGACAAGGAAAAUUGCCUCCCAGACCCACUAUCUGCGACGACCGCCUAUGGGAACUGGUUGAGCGCAUGUGUGUCUUGAACCCGAAGAAGCGCAUCAAGAUAUCGACCGUCGUCGACGAGCUG